AUGUGGCUCGCGCAGUUGCAGCAGCUUGAGCAGUUGAGGGGUUUUGUGCCACAACCUGGGAGUCAUUUCCAACUUACACCAGCAUUUGCAGAGGCUUUGGCCUUGGAAUUGUGUUCCUUGUUCGAUGGCCGAUUGGAUUGCAAGCUUGAAGGUGACCAAACCAAAUUCAGAAUGUUCAUGGAAGAAACCGUGUUGCGCUUGCGGCAUUUUUCUGCCCAGCAGUCCACGCCACAGUUCACCAAUGCAAAGAUCGAUCCCAAUGCCAUCGUAAAAGCCUGUCUUGCAGCUAUGAACCUUCGUGAUCGCAGUCAGCUUGGGGAAACAUUCAAGCUUGCUUUUGAGAGCCGCUUUCCUGGCCAAAGCCUCGAUGCAUAUGAGAACACCAAGCUGUUGUCGGCAGCCACUAUUUCCAGGAAGCAGAUUGAAGUUGAUGCUGCAUACUGUUGCUUUUGGCGACAGCACCUGUCUGCUCACAAAGGCCCAAUUUAUGUGUGGGCCGAUGCCAGCCCACAGGCAGGAUCGGACUGGUUGCUUUCGAUCAUCAGUUUGAUACAGGAUUGUGAUCUUCCAGCGUGCGUGAACGCUGCCACAUCCUUGGCAUCGUCCGUGAGAGCCUUUCGCCAAGCACUUGCUAUGGACGACAAGGAGGAAAUGGUCCGACUGGCCAGAAAGCGCCACCAAGAUGGCGAGUUCUUGCAAGAAGCAAUGCAGUCACAUCGACAAGUACCAAUUGCCAUAGGUUCCAGAGCCUCAUCCAUAGACUACAAACUGCGAGCAGUCUGCCGGAAAUUUUGGGUUGAAGCUCAAAGCACGCCUUUGCUGGAGUCUUUGCUAGGUUCUGUAAGGGGAUUUUGCACGGACCUGGGAACAGAGAUGUCUUUGGCCGAUGUUUCCGGAAUCAAACUUGAGUCAAUCUUACCAGCUUGGAUUUCAGACUAUGGUUUGCAAAGUGAGGAGGGUGCAAACGCAGCCUUGACAGACUUUGUCUUUCCCAAUGCCGUUUUUUGCCCUGGAGUGCUCCAUGUCUGUCAUAAUAUGUCUUUGGAAGCAGACAGUGAUCCAGCAGGAGAAGCAGGAGAUGCAAAUGGAGAGGACUCGGACCGGCUUGAUGUUGCUCUUCUGACUACCACCAUUCGCAGCGAGUGGUGGUGGUUUUAUGCGCAGAUGAUCCUGAGGCUGAAUAGCUUCAGUUCCGAUUUCAGCGCUGCUGAAUCCUACAUGGAAGAACUUGGUCGCUCAUACUUGUUGGAGCUCAUGGAAUGUUGUUCCUGCACGGAUCCAAGCGAGACUGACCAAGUGUUGUCUGAUUUCUCCCUGGGCAAAGCAAGCAUGAUCUCCUACCUGGCUCAGAAGCUUCAGUGCUGGCGAGUGUUGCCUUGGAGGCUGGCUGCGCUGUGUGUGGAAGAUGUGGACGAAGCCCGCCGACACGCAAAGGAAGCGCUGGAUGAGUUUGUCAGGGCGCCUGCAAAUCCGGACUUACACCACCGGCUGACAUGGAAACAUUUGCAAGUUGGGUCCGCCACUCGAUCUCAGCUCGAGGAGUUCAUUGGUGGGCAAGACCUCACAUGCUUACCAGACUUGUUCAAGCUAGUGUCAGAGAUGAGGUUUCUCCCUGUGGUUGAGAGAAUCCAAGAGGGAGAUCAUAGCAUUGUCAACCGCAUGGUUCAGAACCGGCGUGUCAAUGGGCCUUACAUUGCCUGCGCCAUCCGCAUGCCUGAAGUCAAGGCAAUUCUUUCUUCAGCAGAGAAAUACUCCAGCUUUCUAGGCAAGUUCGAAGAGAUCUCCCAGCCAGAUCACUUGGCGAAGCGGUUCGGGUUUUGGAGGCACCCUCUAUGGCAGAAUGCUUGUGCUGAAAAGUUUGGCAAGCGGAAGAAGAUGGCUUUGGUGAGCUCUUUUCUUUAUUCGUUGGAUGUCGAGUCACAAUACGCCAACCUGACGUCAAUGAAAAAAGCACGUGAAAAGCAUGCUGCAAAGAGAAAGUCUAUCCAAGAAAAAUGGAUGGCAUAUUUCAAGCCCAAGAGAAGGUUUAGUGAAGCUGCAGUUGAGAGGUCGGCCAUGGCUUCCCAUCUGCAAACACACCUUGUGAUUGGGAGGCUCUAUAGUGUUGGGUCUGACGUGGCGUUGCCAUCCUUGGAGCAGGCCUUGAAGCCUGCCCAUAUGCAAGCUGUCCUGCCUUUGACUGAUCAGGGUGCAAUGGAUUCGCUUUUGAUAUCUGAUGCCCACGGUGUAGUGCAAGAUGAGCUUGUUGAUGGUGACCAACCCCUUGAGACAUUGUUUUUCAGAAUCACUUGCGCCCGGCCCAGCAGACGGAAGCUGGUCCAACUUCCUGCAGCCAGUUCCUCUCGCUUGGGGCCAGAGGAUUUGUGUGUGACCAUCCACCCAGCCUGGCUAGUUUCAUCCCGAUGGUACGUUGAUGCGGAGCCUACAAAGGCCGAGGGCGUGAACACGCCAAUUGGAAUCCUGUCGGCUUGCAGAGCGAACCCUGACCUCUUGAGGGAAUCCUUGACAUCAUGGUCAACUGUCAAGGAGUUGUCUUUUGUGCUGGCCAAAGGUGAGGCUUCCAUGAAUGCCCAGGUGAUGAAACUUUUGCAGCGGUUUGUCCAGGCUAAGGCCUUCCCAUGCCAGAAUGAAUCAACCCAUGAGCCUAGACAUUUGAAGCUUCAGUUGGAUUCGGCUGACUCGCAGUUCAAAGAUGCUGCUGAAGCUUUGCUAAAUUUGAAGGCAAUUGAAGUUUGUUCCGAGGGUGCAGAGCGAGAGUGGAGAUUGACUUUGUCUGGUCUCCAGCAGUUGCGUCAUGUGCACAUGUCCAGUGUUCCCACGCCUGUCUUCAGAAGUCCAGAGGCGCUUGCAGAUUUGCCUUCCGAAGAUUGGGUAGCUUGUAGUUCCUGGGAAUUGUUCACUUUGCUAAAGCACCAUGGUUGGACGCUGAGGCAGGCACCAUCCACUCGUGCACGCAGACAGGCUUUAAUGCCACAUAAGCUGAAUGCCGAUGAACUCGUUUGGUUUUUGCCAAGUACCGCUGUGCACCCUCAUUGGUGCUAUAUGCUGGCUCUUUUGAAGUCCACAAGUUUGUUUCAGUCUGGCGAUUUGGAGGUGCUGCAUCAUUGUCAGAGCAAAGCCUACUACACAAAAGUUUUGGAAAGGAAACAUCGUGGGCAUGUGGCAUUGCCAGACAAGUCGUUGAUUGACCGCCCUGAUCCCAAGCUCGUGCUUGAGAUUGAUGUGGACCCUGAUGCAGUGCCGAGCCCAGCCGGAGGAGACCCGGUUCCAGCCAGCGAGGGUGAGUUGAACUUGACCCAUACCAGCGACAGCUUUGGUGAGGACCUUGCACUUGGAUCUUUGUCUGAUGAGUCUGGGCGGGAUGAUGGUCCUGUAGAGGUGGGCGGUGAAGCUGAAGCUGAAGUUCUUCGUGUUCAGUCCAAUGACCCAGAAGAGUCUAGGUCACUUGCAGCCGGGCCAGCUCAAGAUGUGACAGGGCCGGUUUCACAUGGAAGUGGGCCACCGCCGAUGCCCAGUAGUGCAAGUUCAGACAUGCCAGAGGGCCCAUCGCUGCCUUCAGCUUCUGGCAUAGUGCGAGUUGUAAACCCAGACACCUUCACAUGGGGCCCUCAUUUCCGUUUGACAUUCUCUGAUAAGAGCAGUAAACCUCCUCAUGGGCAAUGGCAAGCCACUUGCAACUAUCACAAACUGAACGAGAGAACUGGUUGCAAGCGAAGUUUGUCUUUGGGCAAGGCUGGACACAGCAAAGACCUUUGCAAACGUGUUUUGAUGCAGUGGUGCUUGGCUGCUCCAUUGUGCACAACAAAGAAAGAGCACUCUGCCCAACCACUGAACGUAGACGAUGCCUUGGAUGCUGCUUUGCUGGAAGCAAGGUUGAGAACUUUGCCGCCUCCGCCCGCACGCAUUCGCACCGAUGAAGAAAUCGAGAUGGAUCAAGACUCCGAGGGUGGUGAUCCAACAUCCAAGAAGAAGCGUUCUAUCAAACCGAAAGCUGCCAAGAGCAAAGCUAAAACGAAAGCUAAGGCCAAGCUGCAAAAAACUGCAGCAAAGCAAUCUGAAGCAGCCGCUUCCAGCCAGAAAACCUCCGGUUCUUCCUCCUCUAGCUCCAGCACGAGCACAUCCAGCUCAAGUUCCGAUUAG